AUACACAACUCCACGUAAAACUCCGUCACGCUAGCUUUCAUCAUGGGCUUUUCCUCGGCCCAUUAAUAGAUUUUGCAACACACGUUUACAGUCAAAUCGGAGCCGAGAUGGACGGCGACCGGCGACACCUCCUCCUCUGGUUCUUCGCCGCAGCGACCGCAGUGAAGCUCCUCCUAAUCCCGUCGUACAGAAGCACCGACUUCGAGGUCCACCGCAACUGGCUCGCGAUCACACACUCUCUCCCUCUCUCCGAAUGGUACUUCGACGAGACCAGCCAAUGGACGCUCGACUACCCUCCUUUCUUCGCCUACUUCGAGCGCUUCCUCUCCUUCUUCGCUCGUCUCCUCGAUCCCAAGAUCGUGGAUCUUCACAAAGGUCUCGAUUACAGCGCAGACUCCGUCGUCUACUUCCAGCGCAUCACCGUUAUCUUCUCCGAUCUCUCUCUCCUCCUCGGUGUUUACAGAUUGACUCGAAAGGUUGAGACUUUGAAGCGGAACCUGAUCUGUGUUCUGGUGGUUUGGUCUCCGGGGCUGUUGAUGGUUGAUCACGUUCAUUUUCAGUACAAUGGGUUCUUGCUUGGUUGGUUGUUGCUGUCGGUUUCGUUUCUGCAAGAUGGGAGAGAUCUGAUUGGUGGGUUUCUCUUCGCUGUUGUGUUGUGUUUCAAGCAUUUGUUCGCUGUCGCUGCUCCGGUUUACUUCGUUUAUCUCCUUAGGCAUUACUGCUGGGCCGGUUUAGCUACCGGUUUGCGACGGCUUGUGGCUCUUGGUUCGGUUGUUGUGGCGGUUUUCGCCGCAGCUUUUGGACCGUUUAUAUACAAUGGACAGAUACAGCAAGUGAUAAGUAGAAUGUUUCCUUUUGGGAGAGGGUUGUGUCAUGCUUACUGGGCACCUAACUUUUGGGUUUUCUAUAUAAUACUCGAUAAAGGUCUUGCCUUUACGCUGCGGAAGCUCGGGUUCGACGUUCAGGUUCCUUCGGCUUCUUUCACUGGAGGUUUAGUUGGGGACUCUUCACCGUUUGCUGUUCUCCCUCAGAUCACUCCAUUGACAACGUUUGUGAUGGUGUUACUUGCCAUUACUCCGUGUCUGAUCAAAGCUUGGAAGAAACCGCAACCCGGGCUUGUGGGUAGGUGGAUUGCUUAUGCAUAUACAUGCGGGUUUUUGUUUGGAUGGCAUGUACAUGAGAAAGCGUCGCUUCACUUCACUAUCCCACUAGCAAUUGUUGCAGUGCAGAGUUUAGAAGAUGCUAAACACUACUUCUUGGUUUCCAUAGUGUAUUGCUACUCGCUCUUUCCACUCUUAUAUGAGCCGCAGGAGUAUCCAAUCAAAGUUCUGUUGCUGUUGUUGCACUCCAUGGUAAUGUGGCUAGGCUUUACGGCUCUAUACUCUGACGAGAAGGCGUUGAAGGAGAAGGAGGGUGGUGAAAGCAAGAGCAAGUUUGAGAUUGGAUGUAUUGAGAAGGGUUACCUGAUAGGUUUGGUUCUAGUAGAGAUAGUGUCUCAGUUCUUGCAUCCUUAUUUUCUAGGUGACAGAUAUGCAUUUAUGCCUUUGAUGUUGAUCUCGACCUACUGUGCCGUUGGUAUCAUGUACUCUUGGAUUUGGCAGCUUCUUAAGAUCCUGACAUGACUUAGAUUUUUGGUUACUUGAGGAGUUUGAUUCUAAUACUAUGUUUAAUCAUGUAGUUUUCUGUAUUGUUCUCAUCAUGAACUUGUGAUUUUGUUUUAUUUCAUAAUCCUUAAAUAUGUGAAAGCAUAUCCCUAAUCUA